AUGAGUCAGUCAGAACGAAGAUAUGCUCAAGUAGAUAGGGAAGCACUUUCCAUCAUUGGAGGGGUUAAAAAAUUCCACAAUUACUUAUAUGGGAGGCAUUUUGAAAUUAGAACAGAUCAUAAGCCACUUCUGGGUCUUUUCACUGUGGAUAAACAAACACCAAACACACUGUCACCUCGAAUGAUUUGCUGGAGUAUCCUUUUAAAUGGAUAUGACUUUGAUCUUGUAUACAAACCGGGGAUUUCUAUUCCGAAUGCUGAUGGUUUGAGUCCUCUUCCAUGUUCCUCCAAUGUUGUUGAUCAAGAGAUAAAUGAAGUCUUGAAUGACGUGCUAUACAUUGAAUCCGAUGAGGUUAAACCAAUCACCGCUAAUAUAAUAGCAAAAGAAACAGAAAAGGAUCCACUUCUAUCUAAAGUACUAUUAUGGACUCAACGUGGUUGGCCAACUCAUAACUCAGAUCUCAACCUUACGCCUUUCAUUUCUCGUCAAAAUUCAAUUUCUCAAUACAAACAAUGUUUACUUUGGGGAACUAGGGUGAUCAUUCCAUCCACUCUCAGGCAACAAGCUCUGAAGCUUCUACACAUGGGACAUGAGAGCAUUGUUCGAACAAAGGCGUUGGCUCGAAGCUAUUUCUGGUGGCCAAAACUUGAUCAAGACAUAGAAAACAUAGUGAAUUCUUGUCAAGCAUGUCAACAAAGUCGUCACAACCCUCCAAGAGCAACAGUUCUACCCUGGGAGAAAACGAAACAACCCUGGUCUCGUCUCCACAUAGAUUUCGCUGGGCCCUUCCAAAACAAGUUGUUUUUGAUUGUUGUCGAUUCUUUCAGCAAAUGGUUAGAAGUAGUUUUGGUGCCUUCUACAGAUUCAAGAUCAACUAUAAAGGUCCUCAGAAGCCUUUUCGCAACACAUGGUGUUCCAGACACAAUAGUAUCUGAUAACGGGUCGGCUUUCACUUCACAAGAAUUUCGAUCGUUUAAUGAAAGCAAUGGCAUUCGCCACGUCGUGGUUGCACCAUACCAUCCGUCAUCGAAUGGUCAGGCAGAAAGGAUGGUCCAAACGACAAAAAAUUCUUUGCGACGAAUACUUCAAGGAGAUUGGCAAAAAAGAUUGGCUCAGUUCCUAAUAUCAUCUCAUAUAACGCCAAAUUGUUCUACUAAUAUGUCACCGAGUGAACUGCUGUUCGGAAGGCGUAUUAGAACCAUCUUAGACAGAGUUCACCCAGAUUAUUCUUCAAGUGACAAAGAAGAGAAAAUCUUGGAUAAAGCGCUUCACGAUUACCAACAGUCACCUCAGAGGAAAUUUAAAGAAAAUGACUCCGUAUUUGCAAGAAACUAUAAUCAGCGAGGACCAAAGUGGAUUCCUGCUAAAGUCACUAGAAUAACCGGGCCGCUGAGCUACCAUUUGAUAACAAAAGAAGGCAUUGAAAUACGACGUCAUAUUGACCAAUUGAGACCUCGCUCAGAAACAUCAAAAGCAUCUACUAACUCACACUUGGAUAAUCCUGAAUCUCCAGUAAACCCACCAUUCCACCCACUACUCCAGAAUCCUAUUCAAAUGAGAACACCAGAAGCACAUCAUAUAAACAAGAAUAUUUUACCCAAAAAACAGAAAAUCACUACAUAA